CCCGACCCCUCCCCAGGGAAUGCGAUUCCCAUUCCGGAUAUGAAUAUCUUUUUUUAUUCUUUUGACAAAAAUGCCCUCCUCAUUUUCAAUCCAAUCGAAGAGAUUGGGAAAGCCGAACAGGGAGAACUCCAUUGCCAUCUUCCAUCGCCAAACAGAGAGCCGAACCAACCUCCGGCGAGGUAAGACCACUGUUAAACCAUUACCCUCCUCCUCCUCCUCCUCCUUCUUCUUCUUCUUCUUCUUCUUCGAAAUCAACGGCGAGCUGAACCAAACUCCAUCGCCAUAUUCUUCUUCCUCUCCUCCUCUUCCUCAUUCUUCCUUCUUUUUUUUCACUAACUGACUGGUUUUAUCUUUUGCAGAUCUGCUCCUACCCUUUUUUGGGAUCGAUCUACUUCUUCACUGUUACCAUUAGCGGUUUUUCACACCAGAUCUAGGCAAUCGGUAUAUGCUCUAUCAAGAGAUCAGGGAGUUCCAUUUUCAUCCGCAUCUGGAGAAGAGUGCAUCCAAAACACAAGGUUCCAGCGAAUGCGGUGUGGCUGUGUGCAACCAUCUGCAUUCUUCUUGGACUACCUAUAUUGAAAGUUAAUGUGGUCACUGCAAUAACUUCCAUAUGCACAAUAGGAUGGGUAUGCUGUUCCAAUUUUUGCAAGGAUGGUCAUGGCUGAGAAGAACUUCAAGCCAGGGCCAUUUUAUCUGGGCAAAGCAAGAAGGCCAAUUUGCUUGAUAGCCUUCUUGUGGAUCUGUUAUACCUGUUCAGUCUUCUUAUUGCCAACUUUCUAUCCCAUCAACUGGAAAUGGUGAUAUUCCUAAUGGGAAGGUUUAAUUUCAUAAAUUUGCUUCUGUUUGUUAACGUUGAUAUUCCUAAUAAUGCUUUGGUGGUUUCUGGAUGCAAGGAAAUGGUUCAAGGGUCCUGUUAGAAACGUUGAUAUUCCUAAUGGGAAGGUUUAAUUUCAUAAAUUUGCUUCUGUUUGUUAACGUUCCCAUCAAGUGAAUGUUUUCUUGAUUAAGUUAAUGAAUUGAUUACUGAUUACUGAUAAAAAAGUUCCUACCAAAUGGAAAAAGUCAUAGGGUCCAAUUUUCUGUUAUUGUAGUUGACAGGUCUUUCUUGUGAUUCUUCCAAGGCAUUAACAGGGCAGAAUUGGAAACUUUGGCUGAUUCCGGUUCCAGCUUCUAGUUGAACCAAACAGCAGGAAACUGAACCAAACAGAUGCCAAGAAUGGACCAUUCCGAUUCUGAUUCCAGAGGAUUCUGAUUCCGAUUCCGAUUCCAAUUCCAGCUGCGAACAAAACGGACCCUUCGAAUUAAAACUUUACCCUGAAAGGGAAAAUUUAUGUUCUAUAUCAGGGGCCUUCACGGCUCACAAAAGGACAAACCUUGGAAAACUAUUUAUAAGACUUUAAAAAGUUAUGAAGGAAGUUAUCUUGCAAAGGGAUCCUUGAUAGUAAAACUGGAAAGCAAGUCAAUAUUUUGAUUUUGUUAAUAGAUCUAUCAAUUUUUUUCUUGGUCCAGAACAGAUUCAAUAUAAUACCCUUAUGACUACACUUAUUUUCAUCAAUGUGCAUCUUUAGCUUCAUUUUCAUUGAACAGACUAAUUGACUCCUCCCUGUUGUUAAUCUGUGGCUCCUAUUGUUGAUUCUCAUCUCUUUGUUUUUCCAAAAUCAGGAGAGCAAAUUGUGAAAACACCCAAGGGUAAAGGUCUUCAAAGACCUGAAAAUCUUCCAAAUGAGCUUUUCUUUGCAGCAACUGAAUGAGAGAAAAGCCCAAUCAAAUCCAUUACUUGCUUUAUUGAAUGCAGUUGGAAUUAUUGGUUCUGGUGUUCUUGGUGCAUUAUAUGCACUGGCGCAGAAGGAAAAGUCAGUGACUGAAGCAACAAUUGAAUCUAUGAAGAACAAACUUAGUAAAAGGGAAUCCUCUAUGACUUUACUGGAGAAGAACACAGAAACAAUGCUUUUGAAAGAACAGGAAGAAACAAUGAAGCAAAUCAGAAGGACAAAAGAAGAACAGCAAUCUUUGUUAAACCAAGUUACUUCUGCAAGCAGUACAAUAACAAGCCUACAACAAGAAGUACAGAGUGGGAAAAGGACAAUUGAAGAGCUUCAAUCCCAAAUAAAUGGACUUCAAAAUGACCUCACAAAGGUUAGGGAUGAUAAAAAGAAGCUUGAGGCCAACUUGAAGGCAAAGGUCAACUCUAUUGAAUCCUUGCAGGAAAAGACAAACUUGCUCAGCCUAGAAGUCAAGGAUAAGGAAGAAAAUAUUCAAAACCUUAGUUCCACACUUUCUGAGAAGGUUUUAGAGUGUAAUGAAUUGGAUUGUGUUUCUAAGCAAGCCAAGGCUGAUAUUGCAGAGGCAAAUACAAAAAUUAAAGGAUUGGAAGAGGAAGUUUUUAGAACUCAGAAGGAACUAAAUUUGAAACACUCUACACUGGACGAUCUAAAUGUGAGGAUAAGUUCAUUAAUUGCCGAAAGAAUUGAUACUAACAGAAAGCUGGAUGUCCUUCGGGAGGGUUACGAUGAUAUGAAGUUAUCUUCUGAAAAGAAAGCUUCUUUGGAUGCUGAGCUAUUGGCAAAAAGAGAGCAUGAAGUUCAUCAGCUUGAAGAAAAGCUUGGUCUUUCUUUGGAUGAAGCUAGCAACAACCAGGAAUUGAUUGGUAAUUUGAUUCAAGAAAGGGAUGAUUUGAAAAAAAAGCUGGAAAUAGAAGUAAUCCAUGUGAAAGACCUGACACAUGAUCUCCAAAUCACACAGGAAACUCUUGGAACGUUAAAACUUGAAGCUUCAGAUCUCUCAAAACAAUUAAAACAAUCAAGAAAGUUCUGUGAAGAACUCAAGUCUGAGAUCUCUAGAGUUCAGACUGAGCUUGUUGAAGAGCAGGAGUCAUCAAAGAGAAGCCUGGAUGAGGCAGUGUUGAACUUGGAAGUACUUUCGGCUGAGCUCACGUCAGUUAGGGCAACAUUGAAGGAAACCAAAGAAGAGCUCCAAAAUGUGUCUAAUGAAUUGGCAGCCACAACAGAAGUUCGUGAGAACUUGAAGAAGGAGCUUCUUGUUAUAUAUAAGAAAGCAGAAACUGCAACCUAUGAUCUGAAGGAAGAAAAGAAGAUAGUUGCUUCUUUAAAUAAAGAUCUGGAGGCAUCAGAGAAUCAAAUCUUGAAAGAUAAGGAAGCAAGUAAGACUCUCAAAAGAGACUUGGAAGAGGCUGCUAAGGCACUUGAUGAGAUGAACAAAAAUGCAUUAUUGCUUUCAAGGGAAAUAGAGAUGGCUGGUUCCAGAAUUUCUAGCCUUGAAGAUGAAAAAGAUGUGCUUUACAAGUCUCUUCUUGAACAAAAGAAUAUCUCAAAAGAAACUCGAGAAAAUCUGGAAGAUGCCCAUAAACUCAUUAUGAUGCUCGGAAAGGAGAGGGAGAACUUGGAGAAAACAACAAAAAAGCUUGAAGAAGAUCUUGCUUCUGCAAAGGGUGAGAUAUUGCGCUUGAGGAGUCAGAUAAACUCAUCGAGAAGUACUGAAAAUGACCAUACACAGAACAAGAGCAUAGUUGAGGAUGAUGUUGUGGUAGUCGUAAAGAAAAAUGGUAGGAGAAGGGCUGAAAUCCCAGUUAGAGGCAUCUCAAUAAACUGGUGAUUCCAAUAUUCUUCUUAUUUGUCUCCAAUUUCUUCAGAGUUGUAUCUCAGGUUUUCAUCCAUUUUGGUUUUGCAAAUUUUUUAGCAUAUUCCUGUCCUGUAUCAUACAAAUAUGAAAUUAAACCAUACAAAUUGAAUAAGACAUUAUUUUCUACAAGGAUAUUCUUAAUAUGGACUAUGCCAUUGAGGAAUAUAUUUAUGCAUUUGUUGA